GUUUGAGCAUAAAUUUCUUCUAAUAAAUCUUUACAUUAAGAAUAUUUUUUUGGUUCCUCCGUAUUUAAUCAUUUUUAUUUCUAAAUGAAUAUCAAACAUAAGAAAAAUGGAUGAAAUUCUUAGAAACUCUUACAUUUGUGUUGUUGUGGCCUUUUGUAGUUCGGAAUGGCUAUGUUUUGUAAGUGUGAUAUUCUCCAUGAGAGAUCAUGCUGUUUUAUAUAUGCGUUUUUGUAGUCGUGUGUAUCUGGCACAUGUCACAACUAUUUUAUGACGUUUACAGACUACGUACUACUGGUUCCUUUUUGCUCUAGUAUUUGAUGACAUUGUGUAUGCAUGAUUUGAUAAAACCGUCUAGUCUAUUCAAGAAUAGAUGGUUUUAUCACGCAGACACACCUUCGAAGCCAAAUUAAUCGAUAUGAUAGACAAAAAUAUCUAAAUACGUUUGACCCUGGACAGAGCAUAUCUAAAACUGGCUGACAGCAAUCCAGUACAUUUGUUCUUGAGGCAUUGGCUGAGGAACCAGUCUACAGAAGAUGGGAAGAAACUGGCAUCUAUAUUCAUAUAGAUGAUAAUAUUGAUUAUCAAAUUUAUCUUUCUUAUAAAAAAAAGUUUUGAGAAUAUUAUAAAUAUAAAUAUAUUGAUUUAACCAGAUUUAUUAAUUUUAUAAUUUUUAGAAUGGUUUGAAAUAAUUACUAAUAAUUUUAAACUACAAAUGGUUUAGCUAAAAAUGUAUCAUUAUUAGCAAAAUAUUUAUGAACUAUUUAAUGUUGUGUUAAAAUAUUUGGUUUAAAUGUGUGAGAUCACAAAUUUUAUAAAUUGUGGAGAAAUGUCAAAUGUUGGUGAUAAUAUAAAUUUAUGAGAAGAAAAUGUUUAAGUUAAUACUAGGUGAAUGCAUGCGAUUUCGCAGAUGUGACCAUAUUAUAUAUCUAAUUAAAAUAUAAUUAUUAUUAAAAUUAAACUCGCAUGUGAUAAUAUUUUAAUAAAAAUACAAAUAUAUUGGUAUAAUCAAAUUUAUUAUUUUUAUUAUUUGUUAGAAUAUAUUAAAAAAUAUAUUUCUAAUUAAAAAAAUUACAGUUGGUUUAUACUAAAAAUUUAUCAUUUUUUAUAAAAUGUGUAUGAACUAUUUGAUUUUUGUUGAAAUAUUUGGUCUAAAUAAUAAAAAAAAGUAAGAAAUGUGUAAGAUUCUACAAAUGUUAUAAAUUGCAGUGAGGUGUCAGAUUGUUUAUUUCUUAUAUAUUUUCUAAAAAUGUAUUUUAUACAUUUAUUCAUUUUUAUUAUUUACUGUUUUAAAAAGUAGAUAUGACUAUGUUAAAAUAUUUUUAACAGUUAUAGUAAAAUUUGUUAUAACAUGAUUCAUUUCUAUUGUUUUUGAAAGAAAUUAAGUUUAUAAAAUAUGAAAUAUUAAUAUUUUUGAUUCCAAAACAAAUUGUUGGUAAAAUUUUAUUAAUUUAAUAAUUAUAACUUUUGUUUAAAAUUUACAAUAUGAACUUUAUAAAUUAAUAAUAUUGAACCUAUAAUAUUUUAUUUAGAAUAUUAUUUUUUAAAAUCUUUUAAAUUUUUUAUAUAUUGGAAGGAUGUUUCUCAAUAUGAUAUAUAUAUAUAUAUAUUUUUAAUUCACUUAUGUGAAUUCUCAUUUACAAGAGGAAUUGCUUGAAACACUAUAAAUUGGCUAUCACUUUUCUAAAAUUCUUCCAAUCAAAGUACUCUAGUAUUUAGGUUUAUUGUGUAGUGAGUAUUAUUUAUGGUUUAGUAUUUAAAGGGUGAGGUUGAGUUUAUAAAAAAAAUGAUUAUUAAAUAUUUAUAAAUGAUUUAAGAGGAUUAGUUUAAUAUUUUCAUCACAAACUUAAAGUAUUUAUGAAAAUGAUCAUCCUUUAAAAGUACAUUUUAAAAGUAGUAUCAAAUUUAUGGUAAAUUUUGGAUUUCUCGCAUUUCACAAUAGCUAAUGCUUUUUAAGUAUGUUGAGGGAAACUGUUUUGAUAUGUUUUGUUUAUCUUAAAUUAGUUUUAUUUUUACUUUAAAAUUAUAUUAAAUAUAUACACUUUUUAUAUCAUUAUCUUUAGAGUACGCAAAUAAAAUCACUUACUACUAAUUGUAUUUAUUUUGUGUUAAAAUGAUAUAGAUGAUUCAAAAAUAUAAAUGUUCAAAAGAUGUAAAUAUUUGAAUGAAUUUUUAAACAAAAGCGGAUGUUUUACAUUAGUUUUUUUUAUUAUUAUUGGAUGUGUUUGGUAAUAAAUUUGUCAUAUAUUAGAGAUAUAGUUUUAUUCAUUAUAUUUUAUGAAUUGUUUGGUAACUGAUGUAAGUUAGUUCAUAUUUUUCUGUAAUCAAAUUAAAUAAAUUAAAAAUAAAUAUAAUUAUCAACUAAUUAAAUUAUAAUAAUUAAUUCAAAAUUUUAUUUAUGAAUGACAGGUGUACAAAAAAACAUAUGAUUUUCAAUUUAUUAUAUAGUAGGAUAUAUAGAUUACAAGUAGCUUAUUAAUGAGGUCUAGGUAAGAGAGAAUAUCCAUUAGUAUUAGUGUUAAUUUAUAACUAAAUUAUUUAUGGUAAUAAUAAAUACGUUAAACUUUUUUUUCGUAACACUAAAAUACGUUAAACUAUACUACUGAUUAUGAAAUGAUCCCCACAAUUCACAUGGGCGGCUACUUAUACUUUUAGUUUAGUCUAAUAAAAAGUAUAUAAAAGAAAAGACAACAACCCUCUUGUUUCUUUGAUCCAUUGUUCCACUGUCUCACAAUAAACAAAAAUGACCGAUCACAAAUUCUCAACUAAUAUAAUAAACAAACAUGAGCGAUCACAAAUUCUCAACUAAUACAAUAAACAAACAUGCAUCCGUUGGCUUUUAAAAUCAUAUUUUUGCUAGACUGAACUAUUAGGAAGAUCAAAGUCUCGAGCAUGGAGAAGAAUGAACGUGAAGAUGAUCGAACGGCCCUUAUCUUUCUCGGAACAGGCUGCUCCGCCGCAGUUCCCCAUUUCAGAUGCUUACUCCAGCCCUCAGAUCCUCCUUGCCAUGUCUGUUCUCAGUCCCUCACUUUACUGCCUCACCUCAACCCUAAUUACAGAUGCAAUACAUCUCUCUUGAUCGAUUAUUGCUGCGGGGAGGAAGAUGGUAGACAUUAUUACAUGAUUAUUGAUGUUGGGAAGAGUUUUCGAGAGCAAGUCCUUCGUUGGUUUACCUUCUAUAAGAUUCCUCGAAUUGAUUCCAUCAUUCUAACUCAUGAACACGCAGACGCAAUUCAUGGCCUAGAUGACAUUCGAUCUCUUCAACCUCGUGGUUCAGCCAUUGACACCAAUCCACUUCCCGUCUUUCUAUCUCAAUUUACAAUGGAAAGCAUUUCUACGAGGUUUCCUUAUUUGGUUGAAAAGAAGGUUAAAGAGGUACGUAGACGGGUUUCACAGCUUGACUGGAGAAUCAUCGAAGAGAAUUGUGACAAACCAUUCACUGCCUCGGGCUUAUCUUUCACGGCUCUUCCGGUGAUGCAUGGAGAAGAUUACGUUGCUUUAGGUUUCCUCUUCGGCAAUAAAAGUAAAGUGGCUUAUAUAUCAGAUGUAUCACGCAUCCCACCUAGUACUGAGUAUGCUAUUUCUAAAGCCGGAGCUGGACAGCUAGAUCUUCUUAUCCUGGAUACAAAUGUACCAUCUAUGGUUAUGAGAGGACGACAACCUACACAUCUAUGUUUGCCUGAGACUCUUGAGAUCAUAAAGAGGCUCUGUCCAAAGAGAGCGCUUUUAACGGGUAUGACACACUAUUUUGAUCACCAUGAAUACAAUGAGAUACUUGCGGAAUGGUCUCUAAGGGAAGGAAUUCAAGUUCAGCUUGCCCACGAUGGUCUAAGGCUACCGAUAAACCUAUGAGCAAAUUGCUAAAUCCAAAGAGACUAGUUCAGGAUUUUUGUUAUCAAUUCUAGUGAAAAAUCGUUGUAUGAUUAUAUACUGAAGUGUGAGACAGAAACAAAAUCUCUGUUUUUGUUUUUUUUUUACCUUUUUCUUGGAACGGUUGAAAAUCUUUAGAGCAAGCCCUUGAAACAUAAGCCGGAUAGUUCUUGUUGGGAUUAUGACGAGGUUUCAGCUCUGUGUUACAUC